CCUUCUCCUUCGCUUGACUUGUUCACUUUAGUAAUUUUAUUUCUCACGAUUCAAACUAUUUUAUAUAUAAUUUACAGACUAUAACAACGCUCAUACUUUUAAGACCUCAACUCGCAUGGAUUAUACAAAGUGUGAAAGCGCAAGCGAUUUCGAUACAAAGUUCCGCAUUCUCGUCGCAAAGCUCGAUGUUGUCGAGCACGAAGAGACAUGGCAACAGCUUGAUGACGCGUUGAAGGGGCUUGUUUCCCUGGUCAAGGCGGGUGCGACAAAAUUUGACACAUUUGUGCCGAGUAUCAAGCAGGCAGCGAAAUAUAUCAACAGCGCAGUGAUCAGCGAGCGCACGCGUCUUAGCGGCACGGCACUGUCGUUGGUCGAGGAAAUGGCGCGGAAUUUGGAGUUGCGGUUCUCAUUGCUCAGCGAUUUGCUGUUCCCGUCAGUAAUGAAGAUAUGUGGUCGUGCCAACAAAGUAUUUGUGACUCGCGGGGUCAAGUACCCGCGCAUCUGCGACGCAGCCUCCACGGACGCCAACAAAACAGUCCGCAGCAGCGCAGCAAAGUUUCUUAUGGCCAUUAUCUCCUGUUGUACAGUGCCCGAGCUGACUCCGCACUUGGCCAUUGUCGAGAAGGCCAUUGCGACAGGUGUCGUUGAUGCCAAUCCGGAUGCGCGCACAACAGCCAGGCAGUCGUACGAGAUUUACAUCAAGCGCUUCAGCACGCGCGUAGAGGCUUUCCACGCAGGACUAUCGUCGACGGCAAAGAAGUACUUGAAAAUCGACGACGGCGCUGCCGGCGGACGGCCACAGAGCCAGUUUGCUGCCUUUAAACAGCAGCGCGUGCCGCUGCGUGAACGCAUAAUGGCGCAGAGGCCCAACGCGAACCCUGUGGUGGGGGCUGCGCCUGAUGCCCAAGUUAGUGCCAGCGGCCCGGUCCGUCCCAAGCCAGUACGCCCGAUUACCAGACAGGCGCCGACUGCUGUGCGUCGCGACGGAACCUCAACGCCAGCCCCACUGUCCAUUGUUGACCCUACAGUUAUUGCCCUGGAGUCAGCCUCUGAAAGUACUGCAGACUCUAUCCUUACUCCCGUCGCAGCUGCAACUGUCGCUGCGUCCGCGCCGCCAACUAUGGGCAUGCGCAACCCCAGCCUGGAAAAUAUCCUCUUGUCUCCCAAAGGUUCUGAGCCUGCCAUGGCACGGCUCCUAAACGAAGAACCGGCUGCCGCUGCCGCUGCCCCCGCCGAACAGCUGCUGCCUGUCGAUUCUGCUCACGCAUCGGUGUCACCUGUAGUUACUGUUCCAGGCAGCCGUAUUGCCUCUCCAGUCGCCACCGUUGCUUCUAUUGCUGGCGCAGACACUGCUUCGACCAGCAAGUCUGCCACGCCGCCAGCAGUUGCGGAAAAGACCGCUGAAUCCGCCGACGAGCAGACACUGGCAGAGGACCCAAAGAUCAUUGAGGCUAAGCCCAAGUCGACCACGCGGGCGCAGCGCGGCACUGGACUCAAGUUUUCUUCACUGAACGCGCCAACCACCAGCGUGCGUUCGACGCGUGCUCAGCAUGCCGUGCGGCCGCAAUCACGCAACCUCGUUUCGUCACGCAUGGAGGAGGCCCUACGCGCCCAGCGCCCUGCAAAGGCGGCUGCCCCUGCAGGAGUUAUCGCUGCUGAAACCAAUGUCGACGCCAAUGCCGAUGCCGAGCAGCCCAGGCGCAUGACGCUGCGCUCUGAUAACAUUGCAUCCACCACAGCAGCUGUUGCUGCUUCUGCUUCUGCUGCACCUGGGUACCUGCGUGCAACGGCAUCGUCCGCCAAGCGCGUUUCAGGUGAGUACACCGAAUGAUUCGGAUUAUCCUGCUAUUCCAAGCCCUGGCUUUAUUUUACACGCACUCCGCUACACUUCCUCCUCUGCCGCCUCCGCCUCUCAACUAAAUCCUCCCUGCUGCAUUUGUUACUUCUUUCUUGUUUUCUUCUUUAUAUGUAGAGUCUAAUGCUGCUGUUACCACCGCUGCGAGUCGCAUUAUUAAGCGGCGAAAGUGCGCUGAUGAUCAACAACAUCAGAACCCUGCAGCGGCAUCCACUACAAGUGGGCCGCCCCCUUCAAAUACGGCCAAGGCGACAGCCACUGCGCGUCGUCGAUCAGCAGUCAAGCGCUAGCAUCUAAUAUUUUGGUUUUCUCUUUCGUUCAAAAAUUCAAUUUUCCUGACA